AUGCUAGGCCUGCCUGCUGCUGGGGAACGCCACCUUCCAAACUUUGCCUGUGGGAAGAAGAACCUGCUGGCCAUUCUUGAAGGAACUGAAUCGGACAUCUCCACUCUUAUUUCAGUCAUGUCAGGCGUUACAUUGGGAAUUUUCAUCAAAUUCCGAGAAACUCCAAUUGUCAAAGCCAACAACAGGAACCUCUCCUACAUUCUCCUCAUCUCCCUCCUGCUUUCCUUCUUGUCUUCCUUCCUAUUCAUCGGCCAGCCGAGCAAAGUGACUUGCCUGUUUCGACAAACAGCCUUCAGCAUCAUCUUCUCAGUUGCCACCUCGAGUGUGUUGGCCAAAACCAUCAUUGUGGUGCUGGCCUUCCUGGCCACUAAGCCGGGGAACAAGGUGAGAAAGUGGUUGGGGAAGAGCCUUGCAGGGUCCAUUGUCAUGUCAUGUUCCAGUGUCCAGGUUGUCAUCUGCUCCAUCUGGUUGGGCUUCUCUCCACCUUUCCCUGACUCUGACAUGCACUCCCAGCCUGGACACAUCAUCCUGAAUUGCAAUGAAGGGUCUCUCACAAUGUUCUACACUGCCCUCAGUUACAUGGGCUUCCUGGCUGCCAUCUGUUUCAUGGUGGCUUUUCUGGCCAGGAACCUGCCAGGGGCCUUCAAUGAAGCCAAGCUGAUCACGUUCAGCAUGCUGGUCUUCUGUAGUGUCUGGGUGUCUUUUGCUUCCCAGCAGAUGUUGGUGACCAAGGACUUUUACAUCACAUGGCCUGUUCCCUGA